UUGCAUAAAAUAAAAGAAGCCGUACCAUCAUAAGCACCACGUUCUUAGAAAUUUGUAGCCUCCGAGUCUCAUGGUUAGUUGGUGGAUAUGCCAAGUGAUGUGGCGAUACGAACAUAUCUGCACGAAAAGCAGGAGCGAUGCAGUUGUUGCGUCUGUGUCUUGUCACGACCCGAUUCGGAGGAUCUGCUUUUUCCCAAGUGGGGAAUCUGCUUCCAAGGAGAAAGAAGGAAUUAGGAUUCUAGUUAGGAAAUCAUUGUCUCCUUCCGUCCUCGUCAGUGCUGUGUUUUCCUUCGCCCAGAGAACGCCUCCUUUCUUUAUCCAACAAAUCUCACUUCAACCCCCGUUAUCAACGGUCAACUGUUGCUUCCGAUAAUACAUACAUGCAAAUCUCCCAGAAACCAAUAUAAUUGUGUCAAAAAUAUCAUUAAGAUAUAAAGUGACAUUAAUAUUUACAAUUGCGAUUUUAAUAUUUAGUCAACCAUGAGAAACCAAAUAAUGUGGUGCAGACAUCCAACCGGAGAUAAUGACAACACUGUGAAUAGUGAUACCACACAUUGUUUAGAGGGAAAUAUUGGAUAGAAAACGUAGCAAAUAUUUGAUAUCACUGCUCAAUUAUUACAUACGUGAAUUAAUUGCAGUGCAGUGCCAUUGUGGUGCACAGAAUUUAAGAAAAAACACUACCAAUAAUGUCAAAUCCGGAUUAUGUGGAACCGCAGGCCUAUGAACAGCAUUCCAAAAAUGAGACAGGAUCGGAUGGAAAAGAUGGCGACUUUACGUGGGAUGACGCGACUUGGAUUCUCACAUCUUCUUUUAUUAUUUUCACGAUGCAGACAGGUUUCGGUCUUUUGGAAUCUGGCUGCGUUUCCCUCAAGAAUGAAGUUAAUAUUAUGAUGAAAAAUGUCGUGGACAUAGUUUUUGGAGGCCUGACCUACUGGCUCUUUGGAUUUGGUCUCACUUAUGGAAAAACUUACUCCAACUACUUUUUCGCGUUUGGAUACUUUGCAGUGGAUGAAGAUUUGGACGAGAUGGGCGAACUCUUCUCCAAAUUUCUCUUUCAACUCUCAUUUGCCACGACAGCGACGACUAUUGUCAGCGGGGCGAUGGCCGAAAGAUGCAACUUCCGAGCGUACUGUUUAUUCUCGCUUUUGAAUACGAUAGUGUAUUGUGUCCCGGCUGGUUGGGUUUGGGGAGAUCACGGAUUCCUGAAUCAUUUGGGAGCAAUUGAUAUCGGUGGAUCUGGACCGGUUCACCUUGUCGGGGGAGCAUCAGCUUUUGUAGCAGCAUGGAUGCUGGGGCCUCGUUUAGGACGAUAUGAUAAUGGUCGGGAUCCUUUGCCGAUGGGGUCGCCCACCAAUGCUUUGCUGGGUUUAUUCAUGCUCUGGUGGGGCUGGCUGGCAUUCUCAUCUGGCAGCGUUUUCGGGGUUAGUGGUCACAAAUGGAAAUUCUCAGCUCGAGCCGCCGUGGCCACGAUAAAUGCAAGCUUUGGCGGUGGAAUGGUCGGCCUGGUUUACUCAUAUGUUCGGACUAAGGGAAAAUUUGACAUUCUCGACCUCAUCUCGUCUGUCCUUGGGUCACUGGUUUCUGUUACAGGAGGAUGUGCAUUGUAUAAGCCAUGGGAAUCCAUCGUUAUUGGAGCAAUUGGCGCCGCCCUGGCUUGUUUUGGCAUUCCAUUUUUUGACUGGUUGGGCGUUGAUGACCCUGUCGGUGCAUCUGCAGUACAUGGUCUUGCCGCAUUUUGGGGGGUUUUAGCCAUCGGACUGUUUGCUGAGGGAGAAAAGCUGCUGAUGCCUCCAAACAAGAUAACCCCUGGCCUAUUAAAAGGAGGAGGAGGUUACCUGCUUGGGGUGCAGCUCUUGGCAGCAGUCAGCUACGUCUUGUGGUCAAGCGUGGUGACAUAUAUUUUGCUAUACAUCACCAACAAAAUCAUUAAACUGCGAAUGGAGCCACAUGAAGAGUUACUGGGCGCAGAUCUUGUAGAACAUGGGAUCAGGAAAUCUGGCGUUGGCGUAUCUCGUGCAAUUUCUGCACUUGGAUCACAUCCUGACUUUGACAUUGAGGCGGCUGGCCAAGCCAUCGGCACUAAUCCAGGUCAUGAAAUGGCACUUGCAAAGUAUAUCCGUGACCGAGAAAGGAGCAAGAGAAAGAACAAUGGACAUGUACCUGAAAACAACCACAACAAUACGAUCUCGUGGAUGGGUUGAAUUUUGAGGUGAUUAUUGAGGACGCCAAUUCAUCGCCAUUUUUAUUCGUAACUUUUCUUUUGAAAAAUACUUAAUGCAUUAAAGUUACACUUUCCUAGUAACAAAAUUUUGGUGAAAGUAAGUACUUUCUUGGCAAGAAGAACAUCAAAAUGAUUUUACCCAGUCUUAAUUCCUACCAGUAAUUAAUCAUUGUCAUCCAACCGAAAUAUAGUCAAUCAGUAAUCCAAUAUUGCAUUUUGUGUACCAACUUCACUCCAAGAAGUUGUAAAGUUAGGUGUAAGAUGAACCAGCUCAUGAUUUUUGACAAUGACAAAAUUCACAAAUUAUUCUCUGUACUAGGAAAGUAGAUAUAUAGAGCGUUCGUUAAGUGGUAAUUCGAGUAUAAGUUGUAAAAGGUUGCUGUAAUAUAUCUCCCCUUAAUUGUGGUUGACGGUUUAAUGGUAAAACACUUUACUUUAUGGAGCCAUAUACUGCAAACAUACAUACAUACUUACAAUAUAACCACUGUGUAUGUAUGUAUGUUCUGUACAUAUAAUAUUAGUGCUAAGUAUUAUCCUCUCUUGCUUCUCAUCCUUUAUUUUGUGGAUAUCAAUUUAAUGCUCGAGAAGGAGAAAGUGGAGUAAGGUUGGGAUUAAUCAUGGCUGUUUGAUUACAACAAAAUCGGCGCAUUACUAAAGUUUUUAGGACUUUUCGUGUAUCAGAAAUUACCAUUAUCAACACAUUAUUAUUGCAUGCAAAGAAAGAAGAAUCAGGGUUUUCCCUCGUGUAAAAUAAGUACUUAUCCUUAGAUCGAUAUGGAUGCAUUUCGUAAUUUUAUGCGGUGAGAGUAAUGAUGGAUGCUCAAUUGGGAUAAGUGUUGCGAUAUCUAAGCAUCUUGCAGUUUUUUUUUGGCAAAUUAUAGUCUAUCAAGUUUCAUGCAUGCACUUUUCUUAUAUUUUCUUAGCUCAAUAUACAUAGUUAUGUUGUACAUAUGUCGUGUAUUUAGUAUGUAGUUAUGAGAUUCUCUAAUUCUUUAACAAUUUCUAGUCAGUUAUUUAAUCGCCAGCUUUUAUUGGAAUCAACAAUCGCACAGAAGUUGCAUGAUUUUAGCAUAAAAUGUAACACGUAUUUAUUUAUAUUUGAAUCAAUGUCGGGAAUAUUUAAGAUUUAGCCUGUUUAAACCAGUGUACCUGUAUUAUCGUGUACCUAUACAUGUCACAAAUAGUGAUUUACUUAAAAUAUUCAUGAAAUCAAGCAUAAAAAUAAAACAAAAUUUUAAUGUGAAA